GAAGAAGAAGCGAAAGAAGAGGAAGAAGAACUGUCUGUGCCUCUGCCUCACUUGCUGAAUUAACACAAUCUGUGCUGAAAAUGUCCAGAAAAGAAGUAAAAACUGAGCUAAAACGUGCAAGAGACGCAAUUAAAAAUAAGGAGUUUAAAGAAGCUCUAAAGCAUUGUAAGGAUGUUCUCAAGCUUGAUAAGAAUAACUACAAUGCAUGGGUGUUCAUUGGAGUGGCGGCCUCAGAGCUGCAGCAGCCUGAUCAAGCCCUGGCAGCCUACAGAAAAGCAACUGAAAUCGAGCCAGAACAACUGCUGGCAUGGCAGGGUUUAGCAAAUCUGUAUGAUAAAAGCAACCAAGCAGAUUUCAAAGCUGAGCUGUCAAAGGUUUAUCAGACGCUUAGCACAUUGUAUGAAAUGUCAGACAAAACAAAGUGGUUGGAAGUCAGCAAGAAACUGGUGGAAAUUUAUCAGUCAGAAAAGAAUUAUUUACAGGUGGCCAGAGUCUUUCAGAAGUUAAUACAAGUAAAGGAGGGUGAAGAGGGAGUGCAGACUUUAGAGCUGCUGGAACUUUGGAUGGAGAUGACCAGAGUGCUGCAAAGCACCGUGGAGGAUCAGGACAAUGAGACUCAGCAGCAUUUGAUAUUAGCAUUUCAGAGAUCUUUGGAACUGACUGUAGAUGUACCCAGUGAAGCCCACAGGAGCCUGUCAGAGAAUUACAUUAAAUGUCUUUCUAAGCUUCCACAUGAGGUUGCCAAGCUAAAAGUAAUAUGUGAAGGCACACUGCUUCUCUAUCCAACCUACUUCUACCCUCUAGAGGCCCUCUGUGAGCACUACAUCAAAACAGGUGACUGUAGUGAGGAAGCUUUUCACUGCUUCAGCCGUCUCUCAGAGUUAGAUCCAGGCAACUCAGUUGCUCACUUUGGCCUUGGUGUUAAAGCUCUGCUGGAAAAAAAAUAUGAGGAUGCCAUCAGAAAUAUUAGUUUGGGACUGAAACAAAGGUGCUGUUCCAUCAUCGGGUUGUAUAAUCUAUCCCAGGCUCAGCUAAAAAUGCAUAGAUACUCUGACAGUAUCAAAUCUUCCAGUCAAGGGCUAAAGUUGAGUGUUGGUAAAUGUGAUGAUUGGACAAGGAAACUACAAAGGUUGAAGUUAGAGGCUUUGGUAAGGACUGGAAGAGGACAGGAUGCUGAUGAAGCACUGCAGAUACUUGCACAGAUUUCAAAUGUCAGAAAUGACCCAGUGCUUUUAGCUUUACAAGGACGAGCUCUUCUGCAAAAAGAUUAUUGUGAGGAAGCAUUUCAGGUUUCUGUGGAGCUGCGAAGCUCUCACCCAGGAUUUGUGGAGGGUCUCACGCUUAAAGGACUAAUUCAUGUUGCACAAAACGAACACAAUCAGGCUGAGGAGAGCUUUCUGGAGGCUUUAUCCAGAAACCCAGAGAACGGGGAGAUUUACUUCCUGUUGGGACAACUGUACUGGAACAUGAGAGAGGAGACUCAGAGGGACCGUAAAAGAUCCUACACACAUUUACUGAAGGCUGCUAAACUGGACCCCUAUCUUUGUUCAGUGUUCCGUUUUCUUGGCCAUUACUACAGGGAUGUUGAAAAAGAUCAGGACAGGGCCAUAGGCUGCUAUAGGAGAGCUUUUGAGUUGGAUUCCUCUGAUGAAGAGUCUGGAGCUGCUGCUGUGGACUUGAGCAUGGAACAGGGAGACAUGGAAGGGGCCCUGACAAUUCUGCAGUCAGUGACUGAGACAGCCAGUCCUGGCUCUGAUAAAUGGGCCUGGUUAAGAAGAGGUCUCAUUCACCUGAAGAUUGGCCAGCACCAACCGGCAAUUGCAGAUCUCCAGGCAGCAUUGAAGGCUGAUCCUCAGGACUGGGUGUGCUGGGAGUGUUUAGGUGAAGCUUAUCUGAAUCGCAGGAGUUUCACAGCUGCUCUAAAGACUUUUGCCAAAGCACAUGUCCUGCAGCCCACCUCCAUCUACAGCCUCUACAAGACUGCCUCCAUCAAACAGAUCCUGGGACAGUUUAGAGAUGCCACUGUGGCGUACCAGCAGAUUUUGAAGCAGGAGGACUAUGUGCCAGCACUUAAAGGUCUGGGUGAAUGUUUGUUAGCCUUAGCUAAAAGUGCAUUGGAAGACUGUCUAGAUGGCAGAGCAAUAUACCUGAUACAGAACUCCAUCCAUUACCUUUUUAGAGCAGUCCAACAGAGGCCGGACUUGUCCUGUCUGUGGAAACUACUUGGUGAUGCCUGUACCAGCACUAGAACUGUGUCUCCAAACCAAGCUAAAGUUUUGGUACCUGGGGCUCUGUGCGGAAUGCAUCCACUGGAUCAAAGCUUCACACUGGGUCAUCGACAGCUCCUCACUUUAGGGGAAAGGUGCUUUGGGCGUGCUUUGAAACUGAUACCAAAGGCACCCAGUCUGUGGUGUGACCUUGGCCUAAACUACUACCACCAAUCCAGACUGCUCAGCUCUCUACCCGGGGAGGACUCUCAGUCCUUGCUGGAGAAAGCCCUACAGUGUUUGAAGAAGGCAGUCAUGUUGGACAGUGCCAAUCACACAUACUGGAACACUCUUGGAGUGGUAGCCUUGACAAAGGGAAUUGAAAACUUUGCUCUUGCACAACACUGUUUUAUCAAGUCUGUUACAGCUGAGCCAAAUAAUGUGGUUGCAUGGUCAAACCUUGGUGCUUUAUAUUUGAAAAAGGGAAAUAUUGAGUUCUCUCAUGAAGCUUUCAAGAUUGCACAGUCUCUCGAACCUCUGUAUGUGAACUGUUGGAUUGGUCAGGCGAUUAUUGCUGAAACAGUUGGAAGUUACGACACUAUGGACCUUUUCAGACACACCACAGAACUGAGCACUCAUACUGAGGGUGUGAAGGCUUAUGCAUACUGGGUUUGUUCCACACUGCUGGACAAAAGCAACAGAGACUCAGGACUUUACCUCUACAACAUAGUCCAGAUGAACGCUGUCUUAGCUGCUCAGGUGGCUCUGAGCAAGUACACCGAGAGAAUUCAGGUGGACCCUGAUGCCUUCAUCAUGCUUGGAUACCUGAACACACACCUGCAGCUAAAGAAUCAGGCCACUGAAUCACAUCACAGAGCUGUAGAACUGCUUCAGGGACUCCCUUACACAGAAAAGCUCAGUUUUGCCCUGAGGUGUUAUGGAUGUGCCCUCAGCAAUAAUGGCCAGUAUGAAGAAGCAAUGCAUAUUUAUUCCUCCACACCAAUGGAGGUGCUGCACGAUGUCAUCGGGCUAGCACUCGCUUGCUUUAGAACUGGUCGCCUGCCAGAGAGCAUUUUGGCGUAUGAAAAAGCCCUUGCAGUGGCUUCUACAGAGAGGGAAAAGGCGUAUAUAUACAGCGCACUUGCUUUGAUACAGCAUCGACUGGAUAGCCUGGUUAAUGCCAAAACUUUGCUCUUUAAGUGCUCAAUGCUGAAAGUGCCUGUCCCAGAGAGCCUGCAGAGUCUGUGUGCUCUUGGUUUAGUUCAUGGGGACCUAACCCUGGCAAGUGCUACACUUGCUGAGUUGUUAAAGAUGGGAGAACCUAUUGGUGGUGCUGUAGAGGAAUGCUGUCUGCUCAUCUGCACCCUGCUGGCCUUGCAAGGCAAAUAUAAUGGAGUACACAGAGAGGCUGCUAGGGCUAUUCACAGGAACCCAGGAAAUUCAUCGCUCUGGGCUCUUCUCUCCAGACUGGUUCCACAGUACUGUCCCAACAAGGCUGAUGGCGGUGCUGUGGCUGGCCGUGUGGCAUCUCAUGCCAGCUUGACUCUUGGAAAGAGGGCAUUGCUGUACAGUGGAGUAAAUCACUUGGCUUCCGGCCGUCACUCCAUAAAGGACAGAAGACAGAAUGCUCUGAAAACAAUUCAAAGAGCUGUGCUGCUGUGUCCAGAGGAUCCUGCUGGAUGGGCGGGACUGAUGGCUGCCUGCCACACAGAAAAUACUGUCUCCCUACUCAGAGGCUCCACACCUCACAGAGAGGGUCUUGAGAGGGCACUUAUGACUCUGGUGUCUGAGAAAGUGAAGGGCCUGCAAGAAGAUGACGGACUCCUUGCUCAGGCACUGGAGGGUUGGGCGCUACAGCAGGCUGUGACUGGAUUCAAACAGAGUGGCCAAUAUGACCAGGCAGAGGCUCUAUGUUCUCAGGUGCUGAGUGUAUCACCAGAGCAUCCUGUGGUGUUUCUGAUGUUGAGGCAGGUUCAGUGUGAGCAUUUGCUACUGUCAGUGACUGGUAACUGCAUUCCGCCUGCAGUAAUGAAUCAGCUGAGUGCUGCUGUCAUGACCAACCAUACCUCUGUGUUCGCCUGGCAUUGGCUGGCAGUAGUGUACCUCUCUCAGGGUCUGCUGACUCAGGCUUCUAUGGUUUACAGACAGAGUCUUCAGCUCGCCUCUCAGCUGGGUGAUUACAAUGGAAAGAUAAGCAGUCUGCUCAGACUGGCCCUGCUUGCACUUAUCCCAUGUAUGGCUGGAGUAUGUGUCUCUGAGUGGCAGGAUCUGGUGUUGGAAGCAUGCACUGAAGUCUUAAAGAUCACCAGCUCUCCAGUGACUCUGCUCUUUCAGGCCUUACUGCAAUUCUGUGUCAAGUUGGGUGGAAGGGAAACCCGGCGUUUGCUGGAGAGGAUUGUGUAUGAUUCACCCUCAGGGACUUCUGAUACUGUGUUAUCAGUGGCACGCUGGUACCUCCUGCGCCACUUGCACACGAAAGAUGACCUGGAGCAGAUAGAUACUCUGCUGAUGGUCGGUUUAGAAGCAGGGGACAGCAGACUGCUGGAUUUCCACAGACGCCUUCACCCAUCUAGCUAAAACAUUCCAACCAUCUUUAGAUCCUCUCUUGGGGGAACCUAUAUUUCACCAUUUAACAGCAGUGGUUUAGUUACUGAUCUACAUGUUGUAUGAACUUAUUGACAGUGUGCUUAGAAUUUUUAAAUUCUUUAUGUCAUUCAGUCAAGCAAUAAUUUCUCCACUGAACAUUGUUGUGUGGAUGCAAAAAAGAUACACUCAAUCUGAAGUGAUUCGUGUUUUUAUCUUUAUGAUUUGUAGUAAAUGGUAAUCUAUAAGGAUAUUAUUGAAAUGGCUUAAGUGAGAUGUUUUGUUAUAAGUCUGGGUCAAGAAAUCAAAUUAAUUGCAUUUUCUUUUAUACUUUGUUUUAUUUUUCCUUUUCGUUUAAAUGCCUCUGUCUUUGUCUAAUUGACUCUACUCAUCUCUGUAAUGACUGACUGUGGGCACUGCAAAAAUAUGUAAUUCUGCCAUUCAGACACUGAAAUGUUAGUUAUGUAGAUGAAAAGAAAAAUCAAAAAGGGAAUCAAAUCGAUUUUGUGUUUUGUGUUGGUGUAUUUAUAGUACAGAAUAUGCUUUUGGUAAAAAAAAUAGAUUUGGACUUGCUCACAAUUAACAGAUUUGGGAUUGGAAAAUAAAUGUUUUCUUUUAUUUAUUUAUUCCAGCAAAUAUUACAUAUUAUUGAUAUUUUGCCUAAAAUUAAAACCAUUACAUUUA